AUGGUAAAUAUGAAUGAAAUUCUUCUAGCAGCUGUUCUUGAUUCAAGUGUUUCGUCGACAUUAGAAUCAUUCAUUGAUAGAUGCUGUACUAAUAAUAUUGACUUUGCUCGAACUUAUGAUAAAAAUAUUUAUGAUAAUCGAGUUAUACCUUCUAAACAUUUAGCUAUAAUAUGUUGUAUGGAUGCACGCUUAGAUGUGUAUCGUAUGCUAGGACUACAACCUGGUGAAGCACACAUUAUUCGAAAUGGUGGUGGUCGUAUUCGUGAUGCUGUUCGUUCACUUAUUUGUAGUCAAGCAUUAUUUCAAACAAAAGAAUUAAUGAUUAUCCAUCAUACUGAUUGUGGUUUCACUUAUUUUUCGACCAAUAAUCAAAUAUUGGCAUCACUCAUAGUGCAACCAGGAACACAAAAAAGUAAUUUGAUUCUCUCUCGACCAGCAUAUCAAAAUAAUAAAUCUGAUUUUAUGCCAAUUAUUGAUAUCGAACAAUCAAUUCGUGAUGAUCUUGCUGAAUAUAAACAAUAUCCAAUGUUGAAUCAGAAUAUUAUCGUACGUGGAUUUUUAUAUGAUACGAAAACGGGUUUACUCAAAGAAAUUAAAUGA